AUCAGCCUUGGCUGCUUCUCCAAGUAAAAAGAAAAAAAAAACUUAAGCCCUCUUUAAAUCCCUAGCUUCCAACCACCAGAAGCCAGUACAAUCUGAGAAUCGGAGUUUACGGAUCGUUAAUCGGAAUAAUGGGUUUGACGAAUUUCAUAUUGACGGUGGCCGGAGUAGGCGCCGUGGUGAUGCUGUUGAGGAGCGACGUCAAGCAAUCUGCCACCGUCUUAAGGCGAAACGUCAAGCACAUCCGCCACUGGCUCGAAGAAGAAUCCUCCGCCGCCUCCUCCAAGGCAGCUGAGUCCAUAAAACCAAAGGAAAUAGAGACAAAGGUUCCGAAGAAGGACGUUCCAAAAGACAAGGAUUAAGUCUGCCACUAUAUAUAUAAUACUACCAGUAGUCUUUUGUUAGAGUCGGAUUAAUGACUUUGGUUUCGACACUAUUGUCUACUUAACUAUUGAGCUGAGGGGUUUUGGUUUCAUGUUUUGAAGGGUUUUUUUUUUUUUUUGGGUUUUGUAUCGAUCCCACCUCGUUACGUUUCAGCAUUCUUGGAAGCUAAACACAAUAAUAUAAUUCUGUUCUGUGUUUUUUGUU